AUGAGUUUGGGGCUGGAGCGGCUCGUCCGCACGACGAGCCACGGUGAGGGUAUUAAGGGUAGAGCAGUAUUGGAGAGGAAAGAUUGGAUAUGCGGACCCUGGGGUGCUGCUGAAAGCUGGGCGAUGCCCAUGCAUGCUCUGAUUACGAUGAGUUCGAUGCAGGCGGCCAGAUGGGGAACACCUGGGCAGCACAACCCAUUUCUGGACGCCUACCAAGAGCAAUACGGAGUACGGUCCCUGACGGGCUGUCCGCUCGUCCCGUCUCCUCUAUCGGGCACUCCAAGCAGCCACGACGAGGCUUACUCCCUGGUCGGUCGAUGCCAGCGCAGUGGAACAUGCUGCACGACAGGCGACGACUGUGAUGGGGAAUCGAGCCGUCUGCGAGCCCUGAUUUGCUCUGCUCUAAAAUGUCCUCAGCGGCAAGUGUCCGCACACGUAGGCUGCUCGGAAAUGAACAUGCACCGUAAAAACAUUGUCGGCGACAAAGAAGACAUGGCGGGUUCGUAA